UCUCUGCGCCAGGAUGCUAUGAUUUCCUUAAGAUUGCAUCUUCAAAUCAUGCACUCGCUUUGAUUUUAUUUGCGCAGCCUGCUGUAACUAAUAUAGAAAGAAAUAGAUUUGUCCAGUUUUUACGCCGUGGCCAUAGUCCAUGUCCCCCGACAUGUCAGACGAUGACAGAUUAUCGUUUAUCGACACCACUUUCGUUCCGCCGGAUGCACCGUGCUGGGUGUCCAUUUUGGCAUGUUUCUUACUCGCUUGCUUUUAUGUUGGAAGUUUAUACGUGUGGCGGAGCGAUUUGCCCAGGGAUCACCCUGCCGUGAUAAAGCGGCGCUUUACCAGCGUGCUGAUUGUGUCAGCCCUGUCUCCAGUUUUUGUCUGGGCAUGGAAAGAGUUCACUGGUGUAGAGGCGAGGCCCCCCCUACUGGCCCUGAUGGGCAUCCGACUUGAGGGCAUCAUCCCUGCGGUCACCUUGCCUUUGCUGCUCACCAUGGUAUUGUUCCUUGGUCCUCUGAUCCAGCUGGCUGCUGACUGUCCCUGGGGCUUUUUGGACGGGAUCAAAGUAGGUUUAGACCCCUGGUUUUGGGCCCUGUGUGCUAGCGACAUGAGGUGGCUCAGGAACCAGGUGGUGGCGCCGUUGACUGAGGAGCUGGUGUUCCGGGCCUGCAUGCUGCCCAUGCUGGUUCCCUGUGCAGGACCCCUGGCUGCCAUCUUUACCUGCCCACUCUUCUUUGGAGUAGCCCAUUUCCAUCAUGUGAUCGAGCUGCUACGGUUUGGUCAGGGCACCGUCUCUGGGAUCUUCCUGUCUGCAGUCUUUCAGUUCUCAUACACGGCAGUCUUUGGGGCCUACACAGCCUUCAUCUUCAUCAGGACAGGUCACUUGGUGGGGCCUGUGCUCUGCCACUCCUUCUGUAACUACAUGGGCUUUCCUGCGCUGAGCACAGCCCUGGAGCAUCCGCAGCGCCUCACUGUCCUGGCCUCCUACCUGCUGGGCAUGCUGCUCUUCCUACUGCUGCUCUUCCCAUUGACUGAGCCCCGUUUCUAUGGCGACCCCACACCCGUCUGCAGCCUGGCUGCAGGCUCGAGCUCUGUCUGCUCCUGACCUUCACCCCUCGCACCACCCUCUGCCUUCCCUAACCCGCUGAAUUCUCGGAGGGAGGUGGACAUGCGGUCGACGUGGACUCCAGUGAGCCCCGUAAAACUGGGUUUCUGAGUCCGGGAGCUUUUGGGGGCAGGGGUGGGGUUGAUCUGAGCCCAAUACUGAGCCUAGACAGCCAGCACCAGCUGCUGGAUGGGUCCCCAGAUCUCAACCACCCCCCCCCCGUCUCAUGAUUUUUCAUCACUGGUAGUGUUGUCUAUACAGGAGAUGAGAUUUUUUUUUUUUCUUUUUUUUGCCUCCCUGGUGGAGUAAAAAGGUCUUUGGCAUAGGUUGCCUUUUUGGGACACUGCGGAGAGACCACUGGAUUGCACACUGGAUAUUCUGUUUCCUGUGCCCCUUCGUUAUCACUCUGCUGUUCUUUCCGCUGUUCUUACAAUCCCAUAGUUGGUCAUUACAUGCAUUGCAGAGAAUCAGGACUGUACCAUGAUAUGUGACACCUGUCUCCUCUUCAUUGUUGUUGUAGUUUUAGUAUUAUUGUUAUAUUUAUUUGCAGACAAUGGAGGAAUAUGUGUCUAGGACAGCCUAUAACUUUGACAAAUCAUUCGUUUUUGUUGUAUUUAUGCAGUUUAUUUAAAGGGAACUGUUCAGGUUUAGUGCUCCUCUGAUGGUUUGAGGGUCACCAUGGAGAUCUAUACUUUAACCACUACGUCAUGCACAUGUGGGGCCUGGCAUCUGGCUCCGCCGGAGACACCCCUCGAAAGCAGACCCCUCUCCUGGGCUCCUUCCCCCUACCCUGAAUUUAUUAAUCUUGAGCUUUUCAAAAUGGUGUUAGGCCUGUCAUAGAAGAUGACCCCCUUUUAGCUGGAGGACACUCUUAAGAUAUUUCGUUUUGCUCGUGUAAUCUGCUGCAGGUAACGGAUGAGGGGAGAGAGGUCUAGACUAAUCUGCAGAUUCUUGGGGGGAGGGGCAUAACUCCCAACAUCUUAGGUGUGGUCUGCAGCAUUGUGUUCCAAGUUUCACCUGCUAACCUGCAGGAUUUUAAAACCAAGAAUUUAUAGAGGUAUGAGCAAGCCAGCAGCUCAGACUGAUUGUUGGCCCGGGGUGAUGAACACUUCCUGUUUGUCUCAGACUAGUCUUAAAGGAGCCCAUUCCAAAGCCCUCCUUCUGAAUUAUCUACUUGGCAAUAAUGGGAGGUGGAAAUAAUAUCAGGGAUUCUGUGAGUGAGUGUGUGAAUGUGUACGGAAAUGAGGCAUGCAGUAGGGUUACUCUGUUUUUAUCAUUCCUCACUGGCCCAGUGUUUUUGCGGAUGAGCUGCCUUCAGACACACUAAUAUGGCAGCAUACCUUUCUGUUAUGAAGGCUCAACAUUUUAACUACAGUCUUUUUGUUUAACCUGAGUAGUUAAACGAUUUGGCCGUUUGUGAUGUCAUCAUCUGGAUAGAGUGCCCAGCUUCCUGAGUGGGGUGACGGGCUCUCGUGGGCCUCGAUUUGCUGCUGCGGUUCUGUGUGCGUGUGCUGCUGACGUGCAGGUUCUCCAUAGGGUGGGGUUAACGUGCUAACUCACUGGGCUACUAAAGAGGGAGGAGCUGCUGCAUGGGAAGCCCUGCCCUCAUGUGAUGCCCCGCCCUCAUAUGGGAAGCCCCGCCCUCAUAUGUGACACGUGAUGCGUGUAGUUCCCUGUGUCCCAACAUGAGGGAAAAUGUUUUGUGAAUUAAGUCUGUUACUGCGAUCACUGCUCCUGCUAGGUUUGGCGGUCCUGAUCUCGCACCAUCUAAGACAGAUUUCUAACGAUAUGAAAGAUUCCAGGCAGAAACAGUAGUUUUGGUGUUUUGGUUACACUGGGGAAGGCACUUCACAUCAUCUCUGGUUUGGUUUCCUAGUUAGCUCAGUUAGCUCAUUGGACAUUCAUUCUUAAACUGAAAGGUGCAUAUAUAAAUAUAUAUAUAUAUAUAUAUAUAUGAGCUGAGAGUGAAUGAGAACAGUAUAUUUUUGCAAAUUAAACUUUAGCAAGAAAUUAUUUUAUUGAAACAUACUGAAGAACAGUUUAACCCUUGGGUUGCCAAGGCUGGUUGUGGUGACUUGCUGACCUGGCUGUAGAUGAAGAUGUUUAUAUUGUUCAGGAGUAUUUUUUUGUAAUCAGAUCUAUUUUAGUGACAUGGGAAAAUAUAUGUGCAUGUUUUUCUUUCUUUUAACUGUGCCAUGUGCAAUGCAAUUUUUGGAAAAAAGAGACACGUUGACAAUGUUUUAUGACAAUCUUGUAUGGAAAAUUUACAGAGCAUUUAGAAUUUGUAAUUCAUAAAAUCACAUUGCAUAAUUCCGGAAAUUUACAUAAAUAAAUUUAGGUAAUUUUGUAAAAA